UGAAAGGAGAAAAAAAACCAAAAAAACAAUAAAAUGAAAAAGUGUGAGCUCUGCAAUUCUUUAGCAAAGAUGUAUUGUGAAUCAGAUCAAGCCAUCUUGUGCUGGGAUUGUGAUUCCAGAGUACAUGGUGCCAAUUUCCUCGUUGCUAAACAUUCACGAACCCUUCUUUGUCACCUCUGUCAAUCUCCUACGCCCUGGAAUGGCUCCGGACCAAAGCUUGGCCCCACCGUCUCCGUUUGCGAAAAUUGUGUCAGCAGAAAUACUUGUACAGAUGAGAUAAACAACGAAGAAACACACCACGAAGAAAAUGAUGACGAUGAGGACGACGACGAUGAUGAGGAAGAUGACAGUAGUGAAGACGAUGGUGGAGAUAGCAGCGGUGACGAAGAAAAUCAAGUGGUUCCAUGGACAUCUGGGCCACCAGUUUCCAGUUCUUCAACAAGCGAAGAAUGUUCCACCAGGUUUGGAAAAGAAAAUAGUUCUCAAUCAAGAACAGUACAUCCAUUGAAGCGCAGGAGUGAGACCGAAGAUCCCUUUUAUCCAGUAAGCUAACCCUUUUUUGAAACUCUGUUUUGAAGCAGAAUCAUCCAGCUUGCUCAUAUUCUCCACAACAUCAUGAAUUUUGUGAAAUAAAUCAGCUUAUUUAGUUGCCUUUUAUUUCAUCCAAAGCACCAGAAAUAACAACACUAGUGCUUGAUGUCUGCAAAAUGACAAAAAAGCUGCUUCAAGAUGAAUCGAGGUGUGCUGUCCAAAGCAAUUUUUUCUCUAUCACUGGCUUGUAUUUAAUUAAACCAGAUACUUAUGUGUUUUUACCCUUUUAUUCUUGUUCAAUAAUCAGCUAAUUAGUUUUUACCUUCAAGCUGAAAUCAUCUUUACCAAUGUACAGCUAAUAAAUUUUGUUCCUUUAA